AUGCCGGCGUACGAUGUGCGCUGCAGCUUGCUCUUGCUGGAGGAAGGACGGCUGCCGCUGCCUUCGGCCGUGGCGCCACAGCUCGUGCCAAAGCCCAAGAAAACCAACCCUCCCUGGGUCCGCGCAAUCAGGGCGUUCGGCAACACGGCAUGUGUACUAUUUAUAGUCUUCAUCUUGGGGUUCAUGCUUCCACGGAGCAGGGACAAGAACCACCUCCGCCUGUUCGUCAACUGCGCCAUCCCCGUGCUCCUCUCGCUUGGCUUCCCUGUCAUGGCCUAUAUCCUCACCAUGGACGUUGAUGAUCAACCCCAGGGCGCAUGCAAUGCGUGA